AUGGCUAAGGGUUAUAAGUUGAAAGAGCUUUUGGCUAAUGAAAAAACCAAGGAGAAGUACGUGAAGGAGCAAGAGGAAAAGAAAACGCAGAAGAAAGCUGAAUUGAAGAAGAGCGAGCCUGUAGUUAUUUCCCACGAUGAUCUGGUCGGUAAAAAGGAGGCGGAGAAAUUGGAAAGGGAGCAAACCAUUGCAGAAGCUGCUGCCCCAAAGGAGACAGAGGAGUACAAAAGUAAAGCUUUGUCCAAGAAGGAACAAAGAAAGUUAAAGAAACAAUUGAAAGAACAGAAAAUAUCCAAAACUGCAUCUGCUGAAGAAGACGAGGACGAAGAUGAAGAGGAUGAGGAGGAAAGGGGUCUAGAUUUGGAGAAACUGGCUCAAAGCGGUUCCGAAUCCGAGUCUGAGUCUGAAGAUGGCGAUGAUGAUGAAAACGAGAAAUCCGAUGAGGAAGAUGAAGAAAAGGAGGAAAUCGAUGUCCCAUUAUCUGAUGUCGAAUUUGACUCUGACGCGGACGUUGUGCCACACCAUAAGUUGACCAUAAAUAACACCAAGGCAAUGAAGCAUGCCCUGGAACGUGUGCAAUUGCCCUGGGCGAAGCACUCCUUCCAAGAGCACCAAGCGGUUACCUCUUCCGAAGACACCGAUGCUCAAAUCAAGGACAUCUACGAUGAUACAGAGAGGGAGCUUGCCUUCUAUAAGCAGUCGCUAGACGCUGUGUCGCAAGCCCGUGUUCACUUGAAGAGACUGCAUGUGCCAUUUUUGAGACCGUUGGACUAUUUUGCCGAGAUGGUCAAGAGUGACGAGCAUAUGGAUAAAUUGAAAGGCAAAUUGGUGAAGGAGGCCAGUGAGAAGAAGGCGCACGAGGACGCGAGAAAGCAGAGACAACUGAAGAAGUUCGGGAAGCAAGUGCAAGUGGCCACUUUGCAAAAGAGACAGCUCGAGAAGAAGGAAACUUUGGAGAAGAUCAAGUCGUUGAAGAAGAAGAAACAACAAAACGAGAUCAACAACGACGAUUUCGACGUCGGUGUCGAGGAGGCCACAGAGGACACCAAGGACAAGAGAUGGUCCUCUUACAAGGCGAGUGGUAAGCGAGCGGCUAAGAACUCGAAGUACGGCCAAGGUGGGAUGAAGAGAUUCAAGAGAAAGAACGACGCGGACUCAUCGAUGGACACUUCCAGCUUCUCGAACAAGAAAUCGAAGCCAAUGGGCAGACCAGGCAAGAGCAAACGCAGCAGAAGACAUUGA